CCGACAGAGGCGCUUCAUGUGAUUUCACUUUGACUUCCGCGGCUGAUACCCGCUGUGUAUAAUUGUAUAUUAUUUAGUAAUUCGCGCCGCGGAUACGUAGCGAGGUGUCACCGCUGGCUUAGGACAGCCACAAUCCACAUAGAUGGACGGCGGGGAUACGGUCACCCGUGCACUUGAUCUAAGAAUACGUAAAGUGAAGAUCCGCGAGUGUUUCCAGGAAAGAGAGUGAGGUGUGUGUGCAGUGCAGGAUGCGGCUGCGACUGUGGUCGUGGUGGGCGGCGUUGGUGCUGGGCGCGGUGCGGGCGCGCGAGCUGGACCCGGCCGCCUGCGCCUCGCGCUUCGACGUGCAGCGCGAUAAGAUCAUCCGCACGGAAGAGUCGCGCGACAUGGGCGCGCGCUACCUCUCCGAACUUGACGUGGGCGCGCGCUCCGAGUGCCUGCGGCUCUGCUGCGAGACCGACGCUUGCGACGUAUUCGUUUAUGAGGAAAAGGGCCCCGGCAGUUGCUACCUGUUCAACUGCGGGCCGCCGGAGGACUUCCGCUGCAAGUUCACGGCGCACAGCAACUUCAGCAGCGGCGUGCUGGCCAUCAGCCGGCGGCUGGCCGAGCUGCAGGACCAGGAGCGCCUCGCGCACCAUGAACAGGAGCUCGCCAAUCUCAGUUCAGGGAUGGAUUUGGAGGAGCGGCGGCAGCAGCAGCACGGCUCGCACGACGGCGGGCAGCACGGCGCCCCCCGCCCCCGCGCCCGCGCCCCCGCCGCCGCGCCCUCCCCGCCGCCGCGCCCGCCGCCCCCCGCGCCGCGCCCCACGCCGCCCCAUGAAGCCGAAUCUCCGUCCAGUGUCAUACCGUCGCGGUGCAGUCGAUACCAGUUCGCGUGUCGGCGCGGUGGCGAGUGUAUAGCAGUUUACAAUGCGUGCGAUGGCGUGCCGCAGUGCGCGGACGGGUCUGACGAAGCGCCCGAGCUCGGCUGCCCGCCCCCCGCGCCCCGCGCCCCUCCUUCAACCACACAUAAGCCGCUGCACCAGGAACGGCUGGCGGCGGAAGCGGUGCUGACGGGAGAGAACGCGCCUGCCGGGGAGGGUGUACUGGCCGGGGAGGGCGUGCCGGCCGAGGGCGGUGCGCUGCCCGAGCGCUGGCCGCAUCGUCUGGCGCAGGCGCAGCCGCCGCGCCGCUAUAGUGAGGCGGGGGCCAGCUCACAUAUCUUCAGCCACAAGGGCGGGCUGCUGCAGGAGCCGGAGAGCGGCGCCCAGUUCCCGGCGUUCGAGCCGCCCUGGCCGCGUCGCGCUUGGCCGCCCGCACCGCCGCAGCCCAACGGCGCAGAGGGCGCGUGGGGCGGCGCGUAUUGGCCCGAACCCGACCCGCGCCGCGCCUGGCCCGUGCCGCGCGCAGACCAGGAGAUCCCGGUGUACAUUCCUCCGAAGACUAUGCCUGAAAUUCCGGUGGUGUACUCGAGUCAGCAACAGACGCUGCGCGACAGUCCUAAGAAAGGCUUCGAGCUGGUGAACAAGGAGAGCACGGAGCCCCCGCCUGCGCCCCGCCCUGCGCCUCCGCCCGUGCCCAAGCCAGUGCAGGCGAACAAGUCCGCCGAGAGCGCAGACAAGAAGGUGUCGUCAGCGGCGGCGCACGUGCACUACCCGGCCGACGAGCACGGCGAGCACGACGAGCACGACGGGCUCAGCGAGCACCCCCCCGCCGCCAUGAUGCUGCUCGUACUAGGUCUGUUCAUGCUGACGGCGAUCCUGGGCAUGCUGACGUGUCGGGCGCGCGCCGCGAUGCGCCGCCGCCGCGGCCGCGGGAAGUCUCCGUUCGCGCACGACGCCGACUACCUCGUCAACGGCAUGUACUUGUAGCGGCGCGCCACGCUCACGAGAUAUCAUAUUAUACUAAUUAUAAUAUAUCUAUUUAUAGUUUUGUGUAGAUUAACAUUU